CGAAAGUCGAGUGUGACGUGCAUAGCCGCCUCUUCGAGAGCGUGCAACGUUGCCAACCGUGUGUGAUAGCAAGACACCAGAUCCUAUGCUACACCAAAUCCCUAUCCUCGCCCUCUCGUCGUCGCAAACAUGAGCGGCAGGCUCGUUGCGGGCCGCCUUGCCCCCCUCGCACGCCGUUCACCGCUCCUCACUCCACGCUUCUACACUACACAUUCGCUCCCUGCCGGCGGACUCUUGCGAAAUGAGGCCGCGCUCAGGCUUGUGAAGCGCCGGCCAUGGCCCCUCGGUAGCUACGCACUGCACAAUGUCCCUGCCACGCGAUCGAUAUCUUUUGCAAGAGUGAUACCCAAACUCGUGGGCAAGUUUGCGACUGUGGGUGCCGCCACCGGAGGGGCUAUCAUCGCUGGUGCCUCGUAUAUCCAGUACCAGGCAGGCCAGGCAGGCACCUUUGCAAUCGACCUCUUCCACCGCACCAAGGACGGCGCCAGCGAGUUGGCUGGCGGGGCAAUUAAUACUGCAAAUGGAUUCUUUGAUCAGAUAGAGAAGGGGUUCAAGUCGACUAAGGACGAACUUGAGAACGUACAAUACCCGGAAUGGCUACAAAAAAUUCUCGCCAAAGAUGAUUCAGGUGACGCAGGAGGCAAUGGUGGUGGUAGAGGUCCGGAGGAGCCCAAACAGGGCGGCUCUGGCACUGCCGCAGCCGGUGCAUCAGCUGCUGCUGCUUUUGGAUACUCUCAGGAAGACGACGGUGAUGAGGACAGACAAAACGGAGAAAAGAUUGCGCGGGACGAGCAAAUGAUGAUGCUCACCAAGAAGAUGAUUGAGAUACGUGGACUGCUACAGACUGUGGGACAAUCCGAAUCACUCACACUGCCGUCCAUUGUUGUCAUUGGAUCACAGUCCUCCGGAAAGAGUUCGGUCCUCGAGGCUAUCGUUGGCCAUGAGUUCCUCCCCAAGGGCCACAACAUGGUUACCCGUCGACCCAUUGAGCUGACGCUCGUCAAUACCCCUGACGCGCGUGCAGAAUACUGCGAGUUCCCUGCUAUUGGACUAGGCAAGGUGACGGACUUUGGUCAGGUCCAGAAGACACUGACAGACCUCAAUCUCGCUGUACCGGCCAGCGACUGUGUGUCCGACGACCCCAUUCAGCUGAGGAUUUACUCACCAAACGUGCCAGAUCUCUCCUUGAUCGACCUUCCAGGGUAUAUCCAGGUCGUUGGCCGGGACCAGCCGCCACAACUCAAGGAGAAGAUUGCCCAGCUUUGCGACAAGUAUAUCAGGGCACCCAACGUCAUUCUCGCCAUUUCAGCGGCCGACGUAGAUCUGGCCAACAGCACCGCGCUGCGAGCAUCGAGGAGAGUGGACCCCCGUGGUGAGAGGACCAUUGGCGUAAUUACAAAGAUGGAUCUUGUAGAUGCCGACCGUGGCGCUAGCCUGCUGAACGACCAAAAGUAUGCUCUCCGUCUGGGAUAUGUUGGAGUCGUGUGCCGUGUACCCCCUGGCGCAGGUGGCUCUAAGCUCUUCAGCCGCGGCAACGGCAACAUCUCUAACGCCAUCACAAAGAACGAGAAUGCAUACUUUUCAUCACACCCCGAGUUCUCUGAACGGCCAGAGCUCGCCGUGGGUACUCAGAACCUCAAGAAGAAGCUCAUGCAUGUGCUUGAACAGACCAUGGCUGGCAGUCUUAAGACGACUAGCGAGGCUAUUCAAAGAGAGCUUGAAGAGGCAAGGUACGAGUACAAGGUGCAGUACAAUGAACGACCUAUUAGCGCCGAGUCGUACCUGGCCGAGUCACUCGAUGCAUUCAAGCACUCAUUCCGCGGCUUUACAGAACAGUUCGGUCGCCAACAAGUUCGGGACCUACUCAAGCACGAGCUAGAUCAACAAGUACUUAACUUGCUUGCACAACGCUACUGGAACAGGCCUUUUGAUGACCUCAACGUUCCAUUUCCAGAAACCGAUCCUCUGAGCAACCUUGUAAAGGCAGACAUCGAUGGAGAGGACCAGAUCUGGCGAAUCAAGCUCGACAGCUCCAGCGCUGCCCUGACAAAGCUUGGUGUUGGACGGUUGGCGACCAAUGUUGUUGCAAGCGCACUUCAAGCUCACAUUGACCGUCUCAUCACAAACUCACGCUUUGCCGCGCACCCUUUUGCUCGACAAGCUAUUACCGACGCGUCGAACUCUAUACUUAAAGACCUCUCUUAUGAUAUUUCGGAUGAGCUAGAGAUUUGCAUCAAACCGUACAAAUACCGGAUUGAAGUCGAGGACAACGAAUGGGCCAAGGGCCGAGAGAACGUGACUGCGGUGCUCAAAGAAGAAUUAAAGGUUGUAGAAGCAGCCGUCAAGCAACUCGAGGACCAAGUUGGUGGCCGCAAGAAAGUCAGAGAUGUCAUGACCUUUAUCGACCGCGUGCGAAGCGGCCAGGUUGUCUUGGAAGGCGAUGGUGUUGGUGGAGCUGGUGGCUUCAGUUCUGCACUUCUAGCAAAGGGCCGUGAAGCAGUCUUCCUCCGCGACCGCAUCGACGUGCUCAAACUCCGCCUCACAGCCAUCAAGAGCAAACAAUGCGCCAGCAAAAAGAACAAAUACCACUGCCCAGAAGUCUUCCUUGAUGCUGUUGCAGACAAACUAACCACAACCGCGGACCUCUUCCUCGACGCUGAAUUGCUCUCAAAAUUCUACUACAUUUUCCCCCGCGAACUCGACGCGCGCCUCGGCCGCGGCCUCUCACAAGACGAAAUCGAGCGUUUCGCAAAGGAAGAUCCAAAGAUCAAGCGUCAUCUCGAUGUCGUGCGUCGCAAAGACCUGCUCGAGCAUGUGCUCAAGGAGAUGGAAGGGCUGCGUCAGUUGGAGCAGAGGGAGAAGCGUAUGAUGGGUCGUAGGGAGGAGAGGGGGGAUCGCGAGAGGAGGAAGAAGGGGUGGAGUAUGUUUUAGAUUCCAUUGCUCUUCUGUGUUCCCAGGGUAGAGCUUUUUCUUUUCUUUUCUUGACGUUGAAAUGAGGAAUAAGACGGAAAACAUGCUUGAUAUGAUGACGGUGGCGAGGAGAGGAAAUACAUGUACCACACGGCCUCUUAUUACUCUUUUUUUUAUUUUCUCAACUCCCCACAGUGUGCGCCGUUGUACACAUGUAUAUCAAAAGUUACCGCUUUAUAAACUGUAUGGCACUCAUGGUGU